CGAUGACCUAGUUUUUGUUUGAUCUAAGUGAAUUGUUUUAAUCACAGGGUGAUCUUUUGCUAGAAAUUUAAGAUUUCUCACUAAUAAAGUUCCAGUUAAUCACAAUCAAAGUAAUGGGUGAUGAAAGAGGCUGCAUAGUGGUGGAGGACGACUUUCCAGGAUAUUUACCCAAGUACUUCAAUAUUCCACGUCACUACGAAUCUGAUGUAGAAUAUGUUCUUUUGCCAAGAGGACUUGUAAUUGACAGAACUGAACGAAUGGCAAAGGAUAUUUUUUAUGAAAUGGAUUUUUCAAAACCAUUGUUGGCAAUGUGUGUCUUAAAAGGCGGAUACAUUUUUUUCAAUGACCUUUUGCAUCAAUUACGACAAUUGAGUGCUCAGUCAAACAAUUCUUGUCAGAUGGGAAUAGACUUUAUUAGGCUUAAAAGUUAUCAGAAUGACCAAUCAAGUGGUGAAGUUAAAGUUAUUGGUGGAGAUGACCUGAAAAAAGUGGAGGGAAAGAAUUUACUUAUUGUUGAGGAUAUUAUUGACACUGGUAGAACAAUGGAAACUUUGGAAAUGUUGAAGCCACAUAAACCAAAUUCUAUUAAAGUUGCGAGCAUGUUGAUAAAGAGGACGGAAAGAAGUUCAGGAUACAGGCCUGAUCAUAUUGGGUUUGAAGUUCCUGACAAGUUUGUCAUUGGGUAUGGACUGGAUUACAAUGAAUAUUUCAGAGACAUGGGGCACAUUUGUGUGAUAUCAGAAUCUGGGAAAAAGAAGUAUUCAGCUUGAAGCCAUCUUCAGAUCUGCUGUUUUAACUGAAUUCAAAGUGAAGUAAAGCGAGAAUGAAAUAUUCAUAAUAUUUCAUUUUACCUCUAUAAAUGUGCUCAUUUAUCAUGCCAUUUAUUAAUAAAUUUGCCAAUCCGCUUC